AUGGGUGUGGAUAUCCCCGAUAUUCGCAGUAUUAUCCAUAUUGGAACACCGCGGUCGUUGUUGGAGUACGGGCAGGAAAGUGGGCGAGCCGGACGGGAUAGCCAGCGCAGCGAGGCGAUUAUUAUCCAGCCCGAGGGCUGGGACGAGCCCACGCCGGAGACGCCAGAGGCCGUGGCGGAUCGCGAGUUGGUGGACGAGUACCUCGGGGUGGCGCCCGGGGUGGGAUGUCGACGGUUUGAUAUUGAUUCCACCGAGGCACUCUGUGACGGCUGUGACGCCGAUUGGCUCGCGCAGGAGUCGGUUUGCAUGUCCCCGGACAGAUAUUCCCCGGACACCCGCAUGGACGAUCUCGCCAGCACGACAAGCCCACCACGCGAGAUUAGCGCUACGGGCAGUCCCCAUUCCCAUGGUAGUGGCGAAUUAUUUCCAUUAUCGCAUAUUAUACCACAGAGCACGCAGAAUAUCGCGCCAAAUCCCACACGCCGGUCCCAAUCCCAUGACAGUACAGAAUCAUUUGAAACUCAAGUAAUAUCGCAUGUUAUACCACAGAGCACGCAAAAUAUCGCCCCCAAUCCCACGCCCACGGUUAGUAUCGCCGAAACGCCAGCGCCAACGGGUGCAAGACCAGCGCCAUGCAGCGCCCCGUAUUCAACACCAGGUGCAAGAUGCACGGCAGUGGUUGGACGAGGAAACUAUUGA